UUGCGUCUUCUUCGCUGGACAAUAAUGAAAGCUCAAGUUGAAUUCUCACCUAUGCAAAUGAAGCAAAUGACAGAAACAAUUACUAAGGAAAUGUCGGUUAUUCAACAGCUCAAGUUGGAAGUAGAACAAAUGAAACUGCAUUUGGAACAAACCCAAUGUCAUAGCAACACAAGUUCUAGCAUGUAUAAGGAUAAUCUUGUACAGAACUUAGAGUUGCAAGUCGAAUCUCUCAAAGAGGAACUUUGGGCAGAGUCAAAUUUACGCAACCGAAUGGAAGAGGAACUCAGCCGUAUGGAAGAUGAGCUCCGAAUUUACAAACUGGCAACAUCUUCCGACCCAAAUACCCAUAAGAUGAAUGACCACAGAUUUCAACAGGAAGACCAGUUGAAAGGACUAAGAAAUUCAGUGAAAGAAAAUGCGUUUUUUAAAAAUGGAGCGCCAACUGACGAUGGAGAGCGUCAAAUGGAUGAGUUCCCUGAGAGAGAUAAUUCCAAAGAGGUUAACUUCAGGCAUGGGAGACCAGCGGAAGAGGAUGAGCUCAAAGUUGAACUGGCAGAAACUCAGUUGCUAUACGACAGUGCUUGCCAACGUGUGAAGGAGUUGGAGGGAAAACUUUCCAGUUUGGAAGAAAAAUACGAGGUUGCCUGCCGCACGGUUAACCAAACCUUUCAAAAGGUUUCAGAUACAUUGGAACUGGCAAAAACUGCAGCCGACGAAAGGGAUGCAGCUCUAGCUGAUCAAGCGAACACGGAAAGCGAGUUGCAUAAACUUCGCUCUGUGAUUGAGAAGCUCAUAGAAGAAGCUGGGCAGAAAACGCGCGAAGAAGUUGACAAAGUUCGAGAGCAAGCUAACCAAAAUAUUACCGCUUUGCUGGAAGAGCUUCACAUGGUUGAAAAGAGUCGAUCGCAGUUGGCAAUGGAACUGGAAAAGUACAAGGUCACAAGUGAGAGAGAAAUCCGAAUGAACAGCAAUAUUCCGACGAACCAGGUUGAUUUGCGUUUUGAACAAACUCUCCAGCGAGCACAUCAGGCGGAAAGAGAACGUGAUGAGCUCAAGCUGAAGUUGGAAACGUCCGAAUCGUCACGUGAACGAGUCCUGGCAGCGAAGCAAAGUGAAAUUGAGCAACUCCUGUGUGAGGUUAAACUUCUCAAGGAACGUUUGGAAACGUCUGAAGCAAAUCAAAAAUUGAACGAAGAGAUGUUCAAGCGACACAGUGAGUCCAUAAAAGAAGCUGAACGACAUGCGGCAGAUGCCAGACAACAGUCCGAAGCGGCCCAGCGAUCAGCGUUGCAGCAGGUCAUGCAUGCGCACCAAACUUUGGAACUGCAAGAGGCGGAAGCCAAACGGCGAAUCGAUGCCUUGGAAAACGCAAGCCGACUGAGUGCCAAACGCUGGCAAGAUAUUUUGACUAAGCAACAAAAAUUGACAAUGCAGUGGAAAUCGGAGGCACAGCUGCUAGCCGAUCAGAUGGAACAGCAGGGAAAUGCAAUGCGUGCCGAAACGGAACACUACAAAGACAAAGUGGAACAAUUGCUUAAAAAGCUAGCACAGUAUGAAGCAUCCAAAUUAAAGAUGUCCUCUAGACCGGGAGCGCUUCUCCUCGCUAGUCUGCUGAAUCAAAUGCCCCUAGAAAAGGAGCGUUACGAAAUCUAG